AUGCUUGAAAUGAACACCUUGAAUGAUACUACAUGGGACGUCUUGAUUUCAGGAACAGGCCUUCCCCAGUCUCUACUUGCACUGGCACUAUCUCGGUCAGGCAAAAGGGUUCUCCACACUGACAAAAAUGAUCAUUAUGGUGGCCCUGAUGCUGCCCUAAGCUUGCAAGAAGCCGAAGACUGGGCGAAGAAGGUAAAUGAAGAGUCUACUUUCGGCCCGUUUGAGUGUGCUUCAGUAUGGCGCUUACCUACCUUGGAAACAAAAGAUAAAACAUCAUUAUCUUUUUCAAGGGCGUACACUCUGUCAUUGUCGCCUCAAAUCAUAUACACACGUUCUAAGCUACUUUCUAGUUUAGUUUCCUCUCGGAUUUACCGUCAACUGGAGUUCCAAGCAGUUGGCAGUUGGUGGGUAUCUCGACAUGGAGGCCAUGACGGUGCACAGAGCCAAACAGAACCUCAAUCUAGAAAAUUGCAGCGUGUUCCUGGCAGCCGCGAGGACGUCUUUGCCGAUGAUACAUUAACUAUGAAAUCAAAACGUUCCCUUAUGAAACUUUUGAGAUAUUUAAGUUCUUCUGACGAAGGCGAUAGUGUUCCUUCUGAAGAAUCAAGCCUAAGCCUUCCAGAUUUCCUUCACUCCAUGUUUCAGAUUCCAUCGGAUCUGUAUGACCCCCUCUCUUCGCUCUGUUUAUCCCUUCUUUCCUUAUCCCAAACCUCUGCUGGAUCUGCUAUCCCCAAAAUUAAAAGACACUUACAGUCAAUCGGGGUUUUCGGACCGGGAUUUUCUUCUGUCCUCCCUAAAUGGGGUGGCUGCUCUGAGAUUGCGCAGGUCGCAUGUCGAGCAUGUGCGGUUGGCGGAGGGAUAUACGCUUUAAAUAAAAAGCUUGAAAGGGUACAACCUGUGGACGGCAGCCAUGGGUUGCUCGAUGCUUAUUUUGCCGAUGGAGAAAGAGUAUCGACCAACUAUCUUGUUGGGUCCGAAUGGGAUCUUCCGGCGGGUGCUCAACGGACGCGAUUAUUGACUCUGCAAAAGGUAUCUCGUUGCAUCCUAAUUGUGUCUUCACCCCUGGAUACAGUGUUUCCGUCUACGUCCGAAAAUGGACCGGCUUCUGCGGCGACUGUUGUCAUCGCUCCUGGAACAAUGGAUGAGCCUCCAGUAUAUCUAACCUUACAUUCCAGCGACACCGGUGAAUGCCCCCUAGGCCAAUGUAUAAUAUACGGCGCCGUUUUACAGGCGCCUGAAAAGGGCCCGCCCCGUAUUGAUUCUGCAGUGAAAACCCUACUUGACUCCAUGGAUCCUACAGCUCGAGUCCUUUGGAAGUUACAGUAUACGCAACUUGGCUGCUUAGAUACCAGCAAUAGCCGGCAAGAUGUUUUGAGAGGAGCUUUCGAUCAGAUACUAUUGUUUUCGCCACCUUAUCUGGAUCUGGAAUUUAAUGACUGUAUGAUUGAUGAAGUGCGACAUGUCUGGAAAGAAAUUAUGGGCGAGGAUGUAGAAGAAAGCAAAUUCCUCCUAUUCGAGGAUAGAGAAGAUACUAGUGAAGAGCCUCCAGAUAUUCAAUAA